AACAAACAAGAGAGAGGACGCAAGAAUAUAAAGAUGUAGGUUUCAGAAAAAGGCCAAUGACUGAUGCAACGCUCUAUGUUGCCAACUCCAUUUCCUGGCAGGAAGUCCAUAUGUCUGUUUCAUCCAAUAACAGUGGCUUGGUUGAAGUAGUUUCAUAUAUAAAGACUGCUUGGUCCGAAGUGUUUCCACAUUCGAACAACAUCCUGUUAUCUUCAAAUGCUGAUUGCGUACUGGCGUUCCACAUCCUCAAGUGGCGCCUUCCAAAGCUUUCUGAAGAAUUGUUAUCAAGAAACGAAAAAAAAGACCAUAAGAAGGAAAAAAAGAGGGAAGACACGCAGUUACUUUUUAUUUUAGUUUUCAAAUUAAAUAAUAUUGAGAACCACAUAAUUCAAAAGACGAUGCGAUGUAAAAAGCGAUUGUAA